AUGACAAAUAUGAAUAAUACAGUUAAUUUGAUCAAAUCAGAGAAUUUACCACAUUCAGAGCAUUCAGAUGAAACUAUUGAAAUGUGUAUAAAUCGUAAGCAUAGAUAUUCUGACAAUUUUAUCAAUGAAGAUAAUGAUGGACCAAGUCAAAUCAAACGACAAUGUUUAUCAUCUAUUCACAGUUUAAAUUAUAUAACUGAUAAUAUAAAAACAAAACAUGAAUUUCAAUAUUGGCUUGUAUUUACUGUGGUAACAGCUGGUAAACAAGGCAUUGAAUUAGGAUCUGAUCAAACACCACUUAUUCAAUUCAAUGGAAUAUUAGGUGAUUUUUAUGAGAAUAAAAUUAUUGAUCGGAUCAAAAUCUCUAUUCGCCCUGAAAACUUUACACGAAUCUAUCGAUCUUCUGUAGAUCUAAUCAAUCAUAAAUCUCAAUUACAAUCAAAUAUUAGCACCAAUCAUGAAUUGAAAUUAGAUUCUUAUUUUCUAUCUCAUUGUAAUGGUUGCAAUAAUAAAAUCAAUGAGUUACCACCUAGUAAAAAAGGGAAAUUUAUCCCUUCAGUUGAAUCAACUAAAUACACUUCAACAAUACAUGGUGUGAAUAUUUCUACAGAAGCAUUAGAAGCUGCUGGUUUACCGGAUAUUUCAGAAUAUGAAAUACAAGGUUUAAGCUUUAAAGAAUCAAUCAUUAAGAUUUCACAUUGGUUAAAAGAUCAUGGAGUACUAGAUGAUCUAUUGUCGAUUGACAAAUCUAAUAUCUUACUUAUUGCAGAAAAUCAUCAAUCUGUACGAAAUGUAAUACAUGCUGAAGCUGCCUAUCGUAAUAUAUAUCAUGAAUUGAUCAAUUGUUCACCUUGGUUGAUGUAUAUAGAUUUGAUUGAAUUUUGUCAACAAUCACUCUUCCAGUCCAAUAGUUCUAAUGAUGAUAAUAAUGUUAGUAAUAGUGGAAUCACUGAACAGAAGGAAAGUAAAGAAUAUCAUCUUCAUAGCAUAUUUGAAGCUGCUCAUGCAUUGGAAAUUGAUUUAGAAGAGACUGAGUUAGCCUCUAUUAAAGCUGAAAUAAUGGCAAAUAUAGUAAUUGAAUUAACUAAGAAAGGUUGUCAAGUGAAAGAUCCUGAGUAUGUACGUUAUAAUUAUGAACAUAAAACAUUUUCACGUAAAUUGAAAAUAAUGGACAGUCAAGUUGUUGAAAUACGUCAAGUUCCAUGGACUGCCACACCAGCUACAAUCGCUCAUUAUUUCACCGGUCUGAAUGUUCUUCCUGGUGGAGUAGCCAUUCGAUUGACAGAUGGACGACGCAGUAAUACUGCUAUUGUUGCUUUCAAUGAUUCGAAGAAUGCUCAACUUGCAUUAGCAAGAAAUCAACAUCAUUUGUGUAGUUCGUUGAUGACAGAGAUUGCAAAUAAUACAUCGGAUGUGCAUAUUAUGUCGUCAUCCUCAUCAAACAAUCAUGUUAUAGACAGCAGUAAUCCCACCAAUCAAAGCUGUGUUAAUAGUCGAAGUGAAUGUUCGACUGAUGGUAUUCAACAGAUUAUAAGUGGUUCAAUGAAACCGAUGUACUUGCAAAUCCAUCCAGCUUCAGGGAAGGAAUUUGUUCAGUGUGCUGGAUGUGAUCAAGAAUCUGUUAUAAAGUUUUUAAAUCAAUUAACAAAUGGUGAACAAGUUGUAGUACGUGUACGUGGUCUACCCUAUACAACAUGUAAAAAACAAAUUAUUGAAUUUUUCAAUAUUGUUCAAGCACCAAUUAUGUUAAAUGAACAAGGAAUUUAUUUAGUGACUUAUCCAGAUCAACGACCAACUGGUGAUGCAUUUAUUCUAUUUUCUAAUGAUACCAUAGCAACUAAAGCAUUAACACGUCAUAAAGAUUAUUUAGGUGAUAGAUAUGUUGAAUUAUUUAAAGCAUCACCAUCUGAAAUGGUUCAGGUUUGUCAUAAUGUAACACUAUUUCAGUGCUCAUCAUCUGGACAAAAAACACAUUCAGCCUUAUCGAACAUCCAAUCUAAUGGAAUUAUAGGUGUACCAUUAAUAAAUGGAGGAACACAAAUCAACUGUUCUAACCUAGUCAAUUUUGUAAACAAUAGUAAUACUAACAGUAAUAAUAACAAGGAAACUUAUUUAAGCCCAGCUCUUACACAUUUGAAAUCGGCUAUCGGUACUGGAGCCCUAUCAAAUGUACAAAAUCUAUGGAAUUCUGGCACAAUCCCUUUGAGUUUACCAUAUAACUUAUUAACAUCAAGUGGAACAGGAUUGAAUUCAUCUGGCUUAAACGAGAAUGUAUUAUUAAAUAAUACAUUAGGAGGUAUAUCACCAUCUAUACCAAUGAUCUCACCAAACAAUUCUUCAGUGAAUCUUAAUCUUUUACCAAAUAUACCUAUUACAAAUCUGCUCAUACGUGAUUUAACUGAUCCAACAGAUCCUGAUUGUCCAUUUGCAAGACCAAUGCCAAUUGGUGGUGCAUGUGCUAUGGUUCAGUUGAAUGAAUUGCCCAUGGAAACAUCCAGGCAUGAUAUUCGAUUGUAUUUGGGUCCAGCUAAUUUUGCAAAGGUUUAUCGUAUGAGAAGGAUGGAAACUAUUUCAAACACCACCACCAACACUAACAACACCACCACCACCACCAACACUAACGACAAUAAUCAUACAUCAUCAUGGUUAUUAUCAUUAAAGAAUAUAACUGAAGCUAUUCAAUUUAUUCAUGAUUUAAUUAGUAGACCAUUUACUAUUACUACAUUAUAUAGAAGUAAUCAACAAUUUAAAGUAUUAUCCAAUAUUCCAACAUUUGCAUUAUAUAAUAUUGAUAAUAAUGGUAAAUUAUCAAUUAUUGAUUUAUCAAAUAUAACAUAUAAUAUACCAAUACAUAGAAUCCAUAUGGCAUCAUUAUUAAAAUGGAAUAGAUCAAAUCAUUCCAAUUACAAUUGGUCAAGAUCAACAAUAAAAUAUCCGAUUAAAACAAAAAUGAAUGAUCAACAUAUAUUCAAUGCAAUCACUUCACCAAUUCAAUUAUCAGAUACAAAUUUACCUAUCAAAUAUACAUCUUCAUUCAUAAAAAAUUACAAUAUAGAUAAUUAUAUUCAUUCAAUCUCUAGUCUUAAUCUUUCUCCAACAAUAGUUACCAACCAUGAUUAUCAAAGUUUAUUGAUUCCUUCAUCCAAUUCCGUAUUAUCUAACAAUGUAGAUCAUUCAAAUGUUUUAUUAGAUUAUAAAACUUUAUCUCAUUUAAAUACUCAAUCAAGAUAUAAUUUGCCAAAUCUUACAGCAUCAAUGGUUAUGUUAACAGGUUUACCAAUUGAUGUAACACAAGAAGAACUUGAAUCAUUAUUUAAACCUGUUAAAAAUCUAUUGACGGCUCAACCAUACUUUAUACCAUUUCAAUAUCAUACAAAUGGAACAGCGAAUUUUUUAGCAAAUUUUAAUAAUCCAUUCGAUGCUCAAACUGCAGUACAUUAUUGUCCAAAUGGUAGUUUAAGAUCACAAAAAUAUAUAAUAGGUGCAGCUUGUUUAAUACCAUCAACUAAUACAAACAAUCUCAAUUGCAUAACUUCAUCAUCAUCAUCAUUAUCAUCACCAAUAGUGCCUAUUCAUACAACUAAUAUACUAAAUUCUAAUCAUUUAAUAAACACUUCAAAUUUCUUAAAUUAUGAUUUUAUCAAUUCAGGGAUUUUUCUUUUACCAUCAACAACUUCAACAAUUCAACACAAUAGAUUACAAUGA